CUGAGCAGAUGCACAGGGUCUCAUGUCGGGAUGAGAGCGCACUGCUUUUUGCUCUGAAUGAUUUCUGUCAAACGGAUGUAACCAUCUCUAAAGACAGAGGAAAGGAAUACGACUCCGAUUUUCAGUUUUCUAUAAGAUAUCACCAUGACACAGAAUACGGUUCUCAACACUACUUGGGAGGGCCUGAACCCUUCCAAUUUCUCAAGAUUGCAGGAAAACCCUUUGACCCACCAGAACAUCACUUAUGUUGAUUUCUACCUCCACAAGCCCUCUGUGGCUGCAGUCUUCACCGUCUCCUACCUGCUAAUCUUCGUGGUGUGCAUGGUGGGCAACGGGGUGGUGUGCUUCAUUGUGCUGCGCAGCAAAAACAUGCGGACAGUCACUAACUUGUUUAUUCUCAACCUCGCAAUCAGUGACCUGCUUGUUGGCAUCUUUUGCAUGCCAACCACACUAGUGGACAACAUCAUAACAGGAUGGCCAUUUGGCAGUGUAGUCUGCAAACUAAGCGGUAUGGUUCAAGGCAUAUCUGUGUCAGCAUCCGUGUUCACUCUAGUGGCAAUAGCUGUUGACAGGUUCCGCUGCAUUGUCUACCCUUUCAAGCAGAAACUGACCAUCGCCACCUCAAAGCUAAUUAUCGUCAUCAUAUGGGUCCUGGCUGUGUCCAUCAUGUGUCCCUCUGGGGUUAUGCUUCAGGUCACAAAGGAGCAGAGGGUGCGGAUAGUCCUUGGCCACAACAACGACACUCGCCCUUUCUAUUGGUGCCGGGAAAACUGGCCAAAUCAGGAGAUGCGGAAGAUCUACACCACUGUCCUCUUUGCUAACAUCUACCUCGCUCCUCUCAGCCUCAUUGUCAUCAUGUACGCCCGCAUCGGCUUCACUCUAUCAAAAACCACUAUUCCUCCAAUGAGGGGCAGUGGAAUUGGGUCUGGGCAAGGCAUUGGCAACAACAAAUCGAGCAUGGAGGGUCGUCACACAAUUUCAAAAAAGAAGACUCGGGUGAUAAUGAUGUUGCUGGUUGUGGCUCUGCUCUUCAUCUUAUCCUGGCUUCCCCUGUGGACGCUGAUGAUGCUGAGUGACUAUGCCAGUCUGACAGAGCACCAGUAUCGUGUCAUUAACAUCUACGUGUAUCCCUUAGCUCACUGGCUGGCCUUCUUCAACAGCAGUGUCAACCCCAUCAUCUAUGGGUUCUUCAAUGAGAACUUCCGCAGAGGCUUUCAGGCUGCUUUCAAAUUCCAGCUGUGCACUGCUGACAUUGAGCGCCAGAAGACCUACUCCCAUCGGAUCCGGGGGAACGCUGUGCUCCCAGUCCAGCCGGUUGCCCUCAGUAGAUCAGGCUCAGGAGUCAGAUCAGGCUUAGUGGGGAAUGGGAAGUGUUUUUGUCAGGAAGGAGGGUGCUUGGCCAGUAGAAGUGAUAUCAAAGAACAGGAUCUCAUCAUGGAGGACCUGGAAAAGGUAUCCCAGAUUUAGACAAACUGAGACUGUGCAGUGCACUUUCAGAGGAUCUGAGGCUUCUGGAGAAUCAUAUAUUGCAUUUCAAGGACAAUGAAAAACAGGCUGAAUGUACCUGCAAUCCGUUAUGAAUGUGUAUUAUGGUGUACAUAAAAAAAUAGUUCCCACAAUCUGGGUUUAAAAAUCCUAAGAACUGUUCUAUAACCUUAAAUAUUGAUGACUAAAUAAGCAACAAUAAAGGUUUCGGAAAAAAACAUCCUUUAUUGUUGAAGUUGCAAUCCUUUCUCAGUGGUAGAUUUAGCGAUACCCACGGUAACCGUGGUAAUAGCAAGUGAAGUUUGCACACUAGUUUAUCAGAAAUACACCAAAACAGCAACUAGUGUAUCUGUUUACAGUGCAGCCAAACAAAAUUAUUUUAAUAAAGUUUUCCAAACUAAAACCAGGCAUGGUAAAGUUGGUUACUUUGCUGAAGAGUUGGAGGUGUAGCAGCCUGCAGUUGUUCACCUAACAGCUCACUGUGGCUGCUCCUACUGGUUCCAUUACCCCCCUGCAAGAAUAAAUAAAUAGAAAAUAAAAAAUAAAUAGUGAGGCUGAUAUCAAUGAGAUAGAAUUACAAAAAUGUACAUUGGUUUACAUGCAUGCAUCGUUUCCAGUGAAUGCCUUGAGUGUGUGGAGAAUUUUAAUCCAGCACGGAAAUGGCAGACUCACCAUGAACAAUGAAAAUGAAUACAUAGAGAGGUAACUACAGAAUGUUAAUAUACUGAAUGGCUAUUAUAGAUAGUAUCAAAAACUGUGUUGUCAUGAAAAUCUUACUGAUUAUUAAACAAUACCCCUCACCCCCAGCUGAUCCUCACCUGGUUUAAAGAGAAAAGAAGAGCACAGACAAAAAACAAAAUAUAAUAGUCUCUCAUGUGAAAUAACCUUGGAUUGUGUUUUUGUUGCUCACAUAUUCUCUCUUUGCAGGUGAUGUAACACCGGUGACAUUCAAUGAAUGGCACAGUGGCGCAGUUCGAUCAGGCUUUUAUUAAGGAGUUCACUGAACAUUACUCUUACUCUUGGAAGUUUUUAAAGUUGCAGGAAGAAAGAAGGCCUGUGGCAUCUUUGGUAAUUUAAGAUACCCAGAUUAGAAUAGCACACAUCUCAAGGGCGAAGUGCAAAGCAGUGCGAUGAGAACAGUAUCAGCUUCCUCCAGUCAAAGUGCAUGUUCUAGUUUCCCGAGACAGUUGUGCUGGGCCAAUGGCUGUGACAUGGAGUGGCAGGGGAAGAGGAUUGGAAGCUAAUUUGGAAAGCCUCCAUGUGCUCUCCUGUUCUCUGCUUCCUCACAGGGGGACUAUGGAAUUUGAACACUUAAAACUGCCAUGUCAAAGAGAAGAAUGUUACAUUUAUUAGCAGAAGUGGGAUUUGGGGGGAAAAAAAGUGCAGACAAAAUUAAAUGAGAUUUACCAUACCAACAGAAUGCAUGAGCACAUAUCAUAUGCAUAUUGUGGUACAUAAAGAGGGAACGCUGAAACAUUAAAAAGUGGGAGAGAUUCACCAUCAGUUGAAUCAAAUGUGGAUUUAUAUAUAUAUAUAUAUAUAUAUAUAUUUAUCUAUACUUAAUAUCCAUUUUUGCUCUACACUGGGCCAUGUGCUGUCUUUUUUCAGAACCACAUGAACAUGACUCCUCUACAUAACAGUACUAUAUGUCGAUUAUGCUCUGCUACAGUGGGAGAACUUUGGAGUAGCUAUCAUGGCUGUGCGCAGGCCUGGCUUUCUCGCACAAUGAUAAUUUUACAAAGGUAAUAGCUUUGUCAAGGAUGUACAGCAUUGAUCUAAGUGUUAUCUCUUGAUACUAUUGGGUUUUUGCCCUUUUUCCACAUAUAAUUACAUUUGAAUUGUUACCUCAACAUGUGACAUGUUAUUGAACCGUGCUUAUGAUGAAACUGGAGCAGGAUAACAUAAAUGUGUACAGUUAAGAGUGCAUAUAUUUGAUAAAUAUUCAUUGUAAAAAAAUCAUUUGAUGGAAAUCCUUGUAUUAAUUAAUUAUAUUAUUAUAUUAUAUUCACUCUUGUUUGUGUAUUUCUUUAUUAUUUGACAAUAUUCUUACUAAAAUAAUUGCCAUUUAAUUUUUUCUGUUCAAUAUUUGGCAGGCUACAGUACGUGAUGUGUUAAGUGCCAACAUUUUAAAGGUUCCCUGUGGAGUUUUCGACCACUAGUAGCGCUAUGGAGCAAUGUUUUUAAGAGUCACAAAGAGGACACACAUACACCGUAAUCAGCCAUUAUUAGCGGUGCUGCCCCAAGGAAUGUGGCAAUGCACCAACAAACCUAAGCAAACAUGGAUGUAAAAAAUUCAUGAUUUUUAAAAUAUUUAUGGGUUUGCGCCAGUUUUAUGAGAAAGGACCUGCACUCAACAAGUUUGUUAGACCUAAUGCACACACAUUGCGUUUUGCUGAGAGAAAACACCACAUGGCACCUUUAAAGUCUAUGAUUAUUUGAUAAAUCAUAAUAAUGAUAAUGUAAUCCUUGCUUUCCCUAACAAAAUAUAAGAAAGAAAUAAGUAUUUUCUGUGUUAUAUUAAUGACGGUGUGUGUGGUUCAGUAGUACUACUUAUGCAUGCUUUCAAUUAUGGUGUGUUACUGAAGAUAAUUCACCAUGGUUCUCCAAGCAGCUCAUUCUUUAAACAGGAACACAUAUUGUCUUCAUGUGUGAUGGUUAUGAAAGCCCUCUCAAUGACACUACAAAGAGCAGGCAAAUAACCAGCAUCAGGGAUUGAAGGAAAAGAAGAAUACCUCACGAUAGAGCCAUGACGUGUAUGCAGUGCAGUGUAUACUCUAUAUAUCUUUCUGAUUAUUUUGACGAUAUUGGUGUUUGUUAUUUCUGGCUCAUUGCUAAUCUGCAAAUAGAUUGCACCGAACAGGCAGCAAUCAAUCACCACAAGACGGAUGUGAGGAAAUGAAAAGUGUUUUCAUGUGUGAACAUGUCUGUCUUGAUACAUAAAUAUAUGUUUAUAUACAGUUCAACCACCACCUAUAUGAUAUACUUUGAUAUUUGUAUGUGAAAAAAAUAUGGGUAAACAUAUGGUCCUACCAAUGUUCUUUGCUGCUUGUUUGAAAAAAAAGACAUUUUCUGACAGUUUGCUAAUGAGAAAUAAAAAUAAGGAGUUCCAAGACAGAAUGUUGUGACAA